CCACCUCCUUCUCCACCUCUCAUUUCCCUCAAAAACAACUCCGAUUGCCUGCAGACAGGUCAGAAAAAAUCUCCUCGAAAUUAUGAUUUUUCAAGCUCUUUUCGAGUGUCUGGACCCGAGCGGCUGGCUGCUGUUGGGUUUGGUGGCGCUGAUGUUGACGGACGUGCUGCGAAACUGGCGGCCAAGCACUUUCCCACCGGGACCUUUGGCCCUGCCUUUUCUCGGGAAUGUUUUCACUGGAAUGGACUACAAAUCCGUGGAAAACUUCACCAAGGAGUACGGCCCCGUGUGCAGCUUGAGGCAAGGCAGCGAGAGGAUUGUGUUUAUCUCCACCUACCGCAUGGUCAAAGAGGCGCUUAUCAACCAACUGGACAGCUUUGCCGACCGGCCCGUCGUCCCUCUCUUUGACGAAAUGUUCAAGGGUCUCGGUAUCGGGCUGAGCAAUGGUUACUCGUGGAAGAAGCACAGGAGAUUUGCUAACACCCACCUGCGCUACUUUGGAGAGGGCCAGCAAAGCCUGGAGAACUACAUCAAAGUGGAAUGUGGCUUUCUGUGCGAGGCCUUCAAAGAAGAGCAAGGGAAGCCGUUCAACCCUCAAUACAGAAUGACCAACGCGGUGGGGAACAUCAUCUCCUUGGUGGCGUUCGGACACCGCUUUGAGUAUAGCGACGUAAACUUCCGCAGAUUCAUCGAGUUGGACAACGAGGCCAUUCUGAAUAGCGGCUCUCCCUUCGCGCAGCUCUACAACGCCUUCCCCUUUCUCUUCAAAUACCUGCCGGGCCCGCACCAGAAAGUCCUCGCCAACUACAGGGAGAUUGAGAGCUUCCUGCGGGGUGAAGUGCAGAAGCACCAGGAGCAGUGGAAUCCGGAUCUACCUCGGGACUUCAUUGAUGUGUACCUUGCGGAGAUAGACAAGUUGAAAGGAGACCCUGAAGCUGGAUUCAGCAUUGAAAGCCUGGUGGUCACCACCUUGGACCUCUUGGAGGCGGGCACGGAGACCUCCAGCACCACCUUGCGCUGGGCUCUGGUUUACAUGAUGCACUAUCCGGACAUCCAAAAGAAAGUCCAGACGGAAAUCGACAACGUGAUCGGACAAUCUCGCCAGCCGGCGUUAUCCGAUAGACCCGACAUGCCCUACGCCGAAGCCGUCAUCUACGAGACCCAGAGGAUGGGGAACAUCGUUCCUUUGGGAUUCCCCAAGAUGGCCAGUAAGGAGGCCACACUGGGAGGAUAUAUCAUUCCAAAGGGCACGGUGAUAGUUACCAACAUGACGUCGGUGCUUUUCGACGAGAAUGAGUGGGAGACCCCAAACACGUUCAAUCCUCAACACUUCCUGGAUUCGGAGGGCCACAUUCGCAAAAGAGACGCCUUUUUGCCAUUUUCUGCAGGUAAACGAGUAUGUUUGGGCGAGCAUCUGGCGCGAAUGGAACUCUUCCUCUUAUUCACGGCCCUCCUGCAACGCUUCACCUUCGCCGCCGUCCCCGGAGAGAUGCCCAGCUUGGAGGGCGUGCAGGGUUUCACCAAUUCCCCCGAACAGUUCCGGACCAUGGCCAUACCUCGUUGAGAAGCAAGACCACCAUUUUGAUUCCAACUUUAAACAAGUUGACCAAAUAAAAUUCUUGUAAGGUUU